AAACCAUUUGUCCUUUUCAAUUAUUUCUUUAUCAAUUCAAUCUUUAAAUAUUGUAUCAAUUCUCACUCAUAUUUCAUUUUAAUUCCCAUUAGCUUUAAUAACAAUUGAUUCUGAAAUGGAUUAAAUUCAAUUUCUACGAAUCACUUCACCUAUUCAUUAAUCAUUAUUUUUCCUUUUCUAUUCGCUUCUGUGCAGUAACAACGGAAAGAAAUGGCAGACUCGCUGGAUUCAGUCGUCACUGUCGCUUCUGACAAGGAAGAUGUAUCACCAACUCAGGCAAACUUCAAAGCCUCGCCUCCAAAAAAUGUUACCAGUAAUACCGAGUCUUCUCAAAACACUCCACCAACAACGACAAAAUCAACCAACGACAUAACAACUGAAGACGAGGAACGCAGAACACCCGCCCGCGAGAAUAAUACAAGUACACUUGUUGGGACAUCGUCGCGUGCACGAAAUAAAUCUGCCAAAGAUCAAGCCAUCACUAUGCAAGGAAGUAUUGGGCCACAGAACAACAAGAUUCGUCAUCUCAAAAAGGAUGAUGGAGAGCCACUCUGGAGAAAGGAUAUUCAGUACGACUUUCUGAAACUUAUUUUUGAGGACGGCAAUGCUGUGUUCACCAAUAGUUACGAUGAUUCCAUGCCGAAGCAGACUUUCGCAGACCUCUAUAUCGAUGCGAUGGCUAGGAGUAGCAAAACAAGUAAGAUCUUGAGAGAUAAAUUGCUGAGCGAACAUGAGCCAGCAAAGAACAUGGCAAUGGUGUGCCUUUUAGUUAAUCUCGGUCGCAUGAAUACCACUUUGAACUGUGAGUAAUUAUCUUCCCUCGAAAAUUCACACACUCACAAUCUUCAGUCUUCCCAGAAAUGCGAGCACAGCUUCGUACCUACCAUGCCAUUCCAUCUUUACAAGCUCGACAAGAUCCCAAUUCCUACAAACAGCUUCAGGACGCACCUCGACUUAAAUCUAUUCUGAAGGGUGCAUCUGAGGAUCGGCCUGAACCUGCUUCUUUGGACAAGAUUAAAACAACACCGAUACCUCGCACAAAUCCAGUCAAUUUAAUCUUUGUUCUUGCUACAUACGCCUCUAAGGUCACAGAAUUACAUUUCCCUACAAAUCGUGAAUUUUUCGACCUCAUCAUGAACACCCAAAUCACCAGCAAGUCAAGAGCUAAGGCGUUCUUAUGGUUGAUGUGGUUCUACCUUGAAUCCGACUUUACAGAGGAGGGGGCGGAUGAGAAUCCAUUUGGUUCUGGUGUUGAUUACCACACUGACGUCAGGAAUCAGGGUGUUCCACGAUUACAAGAUAUGACAGAAGAACAAGAAGCGUUGGAGAACAUCGAUACAGAAGAAGAGCUAGAAUAUGGUCAAAGCAAGAUGCGCGAGCGCAAACGCAUUAUUGAAGCCGAUCAAAUCGCCUUUCAAGCAGAGAAUGGUCCGCCAAAACGUGGUCCCAAGCCGAAGCUCAACUUGCCCCCCGAUGAAGGUUCCAAUUCAUCUGCUAUUAUGAGUCGUAUGCGACCUCGUUAUGAUGAUGUAGUUGGAACUCCUGGUGGUUUGAUUAGUAAGGUUCGCCCCAGAUACGAGUCCGAUCUUGACAGCACACGCUCCACCCCGCCCCCUCGAGCUUUUAGUUCCAGCAACAUGCGUAUUAACAGUGUUCUUAAAGCAGGCUCCAGACAUCGAGGCGGUAAGAAUGGUGAGGGAUCUUCUCCAGCACCAGAGAUACCAGCUACUCUUGCGAGGCGACAUCGACCGCUGACCGCACAUCAGAUUGCAGUCGAGCGGAAUAGGAACCAGCGAGUCGACUACAUUCUCAGUCGCGGCAUUAGAAAGGCGCAUCAUUCGGCGAGAAAGUCGCGUAAGGAGGAAGGCGCUUUUAUCCGCGCCUUCAAGAGAACGAAUGCAAUGUUAGAUCCUUUUAGCGACAGCGAGGAUGACACCUACCAUAGAAAUCCCUACCCUUUCAAAGAACGAGGAUUUGGUGGCCUUGUUCAACUAGAAGCUGAAGAGGAUGAUUUCGGAGAGGAGGUGUCAGCGUAUGCAGCUGCUUUCCGACGUGCCGGAAGAAGACUCGAUCGUUGGGAUGGUCAAAAGGACUUAAAUCUUGGAGUUAUUGGUACCAACCGCAUUUCCACGAACAAUGGUAUGAAUGGUCACCGCGCACGAGAUAGCGAUGAAACCGAGGACGAGCAAGAUCAACCGGUUGUUCAUCAACUAAAGCAUCAGACAAAUGGACAUGUGAGCGUACCGGACGGAGGGGAUGAGGAUCUUGACGACAUGGACAAGGAGCUUUUAGGAUUGGUGACUGAUAACGAUGAUGAUGAAGAUGAUCUUGAUAUGAUGGAGAAAUCUUUACUAGGUAUUGCUGGAGACGAAACGGAGGCAGAUAUCAGCGACGUGGGCAUGGAUGUGGACUAGCCGAAUUUCUUGUAUUGAUAGGUAGUGGUAGGGUAUCUUAAAGGGCAUGGGGACAGUUCGAUAGGCUUGUCGAAAGGGGCGUUCUUGAGUGGGAGACUAUGGCUGGCGUCAUCAUUGAGAUAUGAAGUGAAAAUCACUUUAUAAAUGUGUCGAGACUCCUACUUUGAUAGAUGGAGGGAUUUGGAAGAUCAGGUAUUUAUGUAUGUUAUAUCAUUAGUCAUGAAAAUCAUAAUCGCAUGAUUUUACUAGAAUUUGGGGGAAUGUCAAGCUUUGAUGUUGUAUGUAAUGGUAGAUAAUCCUACCUUACUGAAAUGGCAUAACUGUUCAGUUUUCUAUCA